UGGGAGCGGAUGAUAAUGUUAGUAAGAAGCUGCAGGACGGAAGGAUCCUCCUGAAUCACAGCAGCUGAUCAGAACUCGCCUCGGAGAUGACAACGGGUUACGUUUAUUAGAAGUGAGUCCUUGUGUUCAGCUGUCCUAGCGGUGCGGGUCAGAUCGUCCACAGGAAUCCGUAACUCAGAUGGGUCAGGCUUUGUGGAGGCUUCCUCCCAGGCAACAGCAGCGGCUUCAAGAAGAGCUAGCCGACCAAUUGACGGAGAGAGGAGGAAGAGUUGGAAGAGAUGGAGGAGGUGCACAAAGACGAGCUCAUCAGCAGUGUUAUGGCCCUGACAUAUAUCAUCUGUUAAAAACAUGCAGAGGAGGUAAAGAGCAGCAUGGUUUUAUAGAUCUGGAGAUGCUCCCACCUGAACUUGGUGUUACCAUCCUGUCUUACUUGAAUGCCACUGACUUGUGCUUGGCCGGCUGUGUAUGGCAGGACCUGGGACACGAUGAGUAUCUGUGGCAGGGGCUGUGCAAGUCCACAUGGGGACACUGCUCUAUCUACAACAAAAGACUACCUGCUGGUUUCUCAUAUCGAAGACUCUAUCUACAACUAGAUGAAGGCAGCCUGACAUUCAAUGCUAACCCACAAGAGGGUAUCCGUUAUUUCAUGUCUAAAGGUAUUCUUGUGGAUCAUCCCAAAGAGUUGGCCAAGUUCAUUUUUUACACCAGACGUCUCAACUGGAAGAUGCUGAGGAUUUACCUGGAUGAAAGGCGUGAUGUCUUGGAUGAGUUAGUGACCCUUCAUAACUUCACUAACCAGUUCCUCCCCAAUGCACUGCGGGACUUUUUCAGACACAUUCAUGCACCGGAGGAAAGAGGAGAGUAUCUGGAAACCCUCAUUACCAAGUUUAGCCACAGGUUUUGUACCUGCAACCCUGGUCUUGUCCGUGACCUUGGCCUUAGUCCUGACGCGGUGUACGUGCUGUGCUACAGUCUGAUUCUGCUGUCCAUCGACCUCACCAGCCCACAUGUGAAAAACAAAAUGUCUAAGAGAGAGUUUAUCAGGAACACUCGCCGAGCAGCACAUAAUGUCUCCGAUGACUUUGUCGGCCAUCUCUAUGAUAACAUUUACCUGAUUGGACACGUGGCUGCGUAGCUCUCCUUCCUACCACUAAAGGCAUCAGUGAUGGGGCUUCAGUGCGUCUCUGGAAACAAACAUGGAGAAAAAGAAGUUUUCCAGUUUUCACUUUCUGCAAGGAAUAGAACAGUAUGUAGCAAACAAGACUUAGAAGAAACAUUUUAACUAAUCAGCAAACUGCCUCUUCACUGUAGCAGCAAUUGUUCAACCAAAUACUAGUAGUGUUAGCUUUUUAAUUCAAGGUGAACGUGAAGGAUGUUCCUGAACGAGUGAUCAGCCAAAAAGACUGGUUCUGAUCCUGCACUGAUGGGGUCGCUGAAGAAACAAUGAAGAUGAGGAAGAGCACAGACCUCGCUCAGCUACUGAUGCCAGGACAGUUCUGCUGAAACCUUUAUGACCAGAUGCUGCUUUGAACUUGUUGGCCGGGUAAAGCUCGGCUACUCACGGAUGGUAAAACAAGACAUUAAAACAAAGUCUUUGUGAAACCCUAUUUAUAUAUUGACCAUAAAGUGAUGGAGUCAGUCAGUUGAUUUUUAAGCAUCGUCUAGUCGUAAGUAUAUGCUUGUUUUUGUCAAAUGAAAGUUUUGCUUGUGGACAGAAUAUGAAGACUUCUUAACCGGGCCU